AUGGAGUAUGCUUAUAAAGCAGCCCAGACUGAGGAGUUCAAGCAAGCUGCUCAGAAUAAACACCCGUAUGAUUGGUCUAUACAUAAGUCUAGGUUUGACAGAGUCCUCAAAAGGAAGGUCGGCCUCACGGGGAAACACAGACAGGCAGAUCGUUGGGAUCGGGAACCCUAUUUGGUUUCUAAUGUACGGGAUAGUGAUAUUCCUGUGUACGAGGUAAAGCUAGAAACUGCAUCAGCUGACAUGGAACUUGUGAAGAAGACUGAUGACCAGGGAAAUAUCAUUACAUUCAAGCGUUACCAUGGUCGACCCUUCAAUAAAGAGAUUCCUGGUAAUGUGGGUGAUCAAUUGGAGAAAGUGGCGUCUUUACCGUGUAAGCCUGAUGAUGUUUUACUCUGUACUUUUCCUAAGUCAGGUACACACUGGGUGUUCAACAUGACCAGAAUGAUACAGACGAAAACACUGCAAUACACAUCUAAUCCGAUGAUGCUUGAAUUUGAAGAUGUUGGGAGACUCGAUAAUGUAAAGUCCCCAAGGUUGUUCCAUACACAUCUUACGUAUCCCUUCAUCCCUAAAGCGGCCAAGGAAGGACAACUGAAACUUAUUUACGUCAUUCGCAAUCCAAAGGAUGUCGUGUGCUCAUUUUACAAAUAUAUGAGUCAACUUCAAAGCACGAGCUACAUUGGAAACUUCAACGGGUUUCUCAAAGCUUUCCUAACGGAAGAAGCAAUAUCUUCUGGUGGAUCCUGGUUUACACAUACAAGGGAAUGGAACUCUGCCGUUUGUGAGAAUCCUGAUUUGAAGAUAUUGGUUCUAAGAUAUGAAUGUCUGAAAAAGAACCUGUAUCCGAAUCUGUUGAAAAUAGCAAACUUUUUGGAGGUCAAUCACGACAAAACUUUUCUAAGGAAUGUGGAACGUACUGUAUCUUUUGAAAACCUCAAGAAGGAACAUGAGACAAAGGCAGGCGAAAAUGAAUUAUGGGGACAUCUUGCCGAUAAAGGAAGGUUGCCAAUUUACAACAAAGGAAUUGUUGGUAAUUGGAAGAAUGAGUUCACUGUGGCCCAAAGUAAAGCGUUUGAUGCCGUAUACAAGGAAAAGAUGUGUGACAUGGGAGUCAACCUUGAAUUCGACUACGAGUGAAUAUAGAUACGAAUUUGACGUAAUGUCAAACUAAUUCCUUUAGUGUUUAUGAUUGUUCCAAGUCUAUAUAAUUGUGGUAUAUACAUGUAUUAAUCAGUUGAUAGGCCUUACUAUGGUGAUUUCAUCAGGUAUAAUAAUAAGAAAAAUUAAUUUUAACUAUUUAUAUACGGUCACAGGACGAUUAUAAGAACGAUUGUGAUUCCAGCCUAAUAAACAUUUUUAUAUUACUCUCAAGUAAACUAUGUUACAUUGCAUAUAAUGACGUGAUACUUUUGUACAUUGUGUAGCACAUAUAUGUAGGACUACUACUUAGGUACUCUGCAUAUAUGUUGACAGGAAUA